AUGUCGCUCUUCACGAAGAAAGACUUGGGACUGCUGCUGCCCGACGACGUCCCGGGCGAUCCGGUGUCUCUCCGCUACACGAAAACCAAAGAGGAGACAGAAGUGUUCAAGCCACUGAAGCCUAAAGUGGAUCCGUCGGUGAAGGUAGCGCGGUACAGGGCAGGCCAAGUGCCAAAGUUUGCACAUGGUUAUGAGGACGAGCGUGGCUUUGUGACGGCCAAUAGUCAAGUGCGGGUGUUCCCGAAGGCUACAGCGCAGCACAAGACGGGUCCUGUGAUCAAGAGCGGACGCAAACGAGUGCAAGCGCAGGUGGUGCGAUGUUCCUUGGUGGAUACAAAGACAAAUCGGGAUCGAGGAGCGAAAGAGACGGUACCUUCAAAUGAUGAAGAGGGAUCUAGCGAGGACGAUGUGGCGAAGGCACUGCAAGACUCGAGCUCGGACGAGGAAGAUGAGUCCGACAUUGAUCGACGUCGCCGCUUACUGCGCAGCAAGGCAGCCUCGCGUAUUGACGAGAGCAGUAGAAAGGAUGGGCUUGCAGAGCUGGACGAAAAGGGUAAACGGCAGCCCGUGGAAGCGCAGGUCGUGAAACGGAGUGCAGUAGCAGCCUCUGUUGUUGCGGCCAAUAAUGGAAGCUCGGAGUCGAGUGGCAGUUCCAGCUCGGAGUACGAGACCGACACGGACGAUUCGGAGACGGGUGAAGAGCUCAUGAAGCCUAUUUUCGUGCCCAAGAAAGCUCGUAAUUCUCUGAAGAGCCAAGAAGAACUGGCAGCAGAAGAGGAACGACGAGAGAAGCGGGAGUUGGAGAAGCUGGAAGCACGCAAGAUGGAGUCGCGUCGUACGGUCGCUGAAGAAAUUCGCCGCGAGCAGGAGGGUGCUAGUAAGGGUGACGAUACAGAUGUCGAGAUGCCGGAUGAUACGGAUGGCCUGGACCCGGCACAAGAGUACCGCGACUGGGAGCUGCGUGAAAUGCGGCGAAUCAAACGUGAUCGAGACCGGAAGCAGCAGCGCAGAGAGGAGGCGAAAGAAACGCUGAGGAGGCGCAACAUGUCUGAGGAAGAGCGUGCGGCGGAGGACGCUAAAUUGAAAAAGAACGAGCCAAAGGAGAAGAAAAAGCUCAAGUUCAUGCAAAAGUACUACCACAAAGGUGCCUUUUACGUGGACGACGACAGCAUUCGCGCGAAGGACGAUGUGCGCAAGCGGGAUGCCACGGACGCCACGCUGGAGGACAAGUUUAACAAGGAGAUGCUCCCGGCGGUGAUGCAGGUCAAAAACUUUGGCCGCGCUGGUCGUACCAAGUACACGCAUCUGGUGGACCAAGACACGUCAAGUCGGGACUCGCUGUGGGCUCGCGACGACGGCAUCCGCGAAAAGUACAAGAGCCGCCUUGGCGGCAUGAAGGAUAUCGAUAGAUCGAUGAAGCGACGGAGAAAAGAGUAA